AUGCACACCGUUCGGAUUUCUGGAGAUUGUGCAGACAACAAAGCAUCGUACUCUACUCCACCAGCAGCGUUGCAGGAGCCAUCGGAUUCCCUCUUACAGUGCUUGUCGGCAUCGUUUGUGAUGUCUCAGAACAUCUCGUACUCUGGAGGAAUGGCGCAUGGUACUUCCAGUAAUCGAUUUCCAGAAUGUGCUGGAAUGCGCAUCCAUAGUGGUUGUGGCAAUGCCCCCAUCAACACUUACAUUCCUCCGCUUAAUUCACAUAUCUUUUCUUUGGAUACUCCCUUGUUAUCACCUUUCAACACAAGCGACAGUUCAUCCCAGAUUCACUUGGACUCAGACCCUCCAAGAUCAAAGGUUACGCCACACACCCCUGUUAGCGCAUCCUCGUGUCUGCAAGCUUCCUCCGUUCCGAGCCUUGCACCUGGCGCUCCACCCCGCAAUUCAGUGCAUCCAGUCAUAGACGAUCCCCUCCUGCGUUUUCUAUGCGGAGACUUAUCGCCGAGUGCUCCGGAAGGCCCUUCUACAACAUCGGGGUGCAACAGACAACGCAAUGGAAAGUCCAAAAGAUCUUCUGCUGAUACAAAGAAACCACCCAAGAAACGGUCAAGACAUAACACAGAAGAUCACACUGAAGCAAACAGUCCAUCCUAUCGCCCUUAUCAAGAAGAGCAAUGGGCUAUCCAGUUUGAAGAGCUUCUAAAGUACAAAGCUCGACACGGACACUGCAGAAUACCCAACGCCUGUCACAGCAAUUCCAGUCUUUCUCGGUGGGUGAAGAGACAGAGAUAUCAGUACAAAUUGAAGCAAGAAAACAAGGCCUCUGCACUAUCUGAUGAGCGUGUUCAGCAGCUAGAAGAAGUAGGCUUUGUUUGGGACUAUCACGCUGUGGUUUGGGAAGAACGUCGAGCCGAGCUCGAGCAGUUCAAAGAAGAGCUUGGCAAUUGCAGUGUCCCAUCGCAUUAUCCCAAAAAUCCACCGCUAUCUGCAUGGGUGAAAUGUCAGCGAAGACAAUACAAGAGAUUCAUUGAUGGGGAAUCAUCGUCCAUGACUGUAGAUCGCUUUGCUGCUUUGGACAAGAUGGGGUUUAUUUGGAAGGUUCGAGGAGCAAAGGACAGAGAGUCAUCCCUAAACCUUGACUUGUUGUAA